UCUAACAGGGAGGUUCUGUUGCACUUGAUUAGAUGAGGAGCAUCUCGAAGCCGGUAUGAUGGGAGCAGAGCGUGAAAAUAUGAAUGUAUGAGAUCUACAGUCCACCGUCGUUUGGAGGCACAUUCAAAUUGUCGCAAAAAUGAAGAUUUGGAGCACUGAGCACAUAUUCAGCUACCCUUGGGAGACUGUGAUCAAAGCGGCUAUGAGGAAGUAUCCUAAUCCAAUGAACCCUAGUGUUGUUGGAGUGGACGUUCUUGACAGGAACUUGGACACACAUGGACGUCUACACAGUCAUCGGCUCCUCAGCACGGAGUGGGGGCUUCCAGCGGUUGUCAAAGCGAUUUUAGGGACAAAUCGGACCAUCACAUAUGUAAAAGAACAUUCCAUUGUGGACCCAGAAGAGAAAAAAAUGGAGCUUUGCUCAACAAACAUAACCCUAACUAAUUUUAUAUCAGUUGAUGAAAGGCUUGUCUACAGGCCUCAUCCAGAGAAUCCAGAAGUCACUGUAUUAACCCAAGAGGCGAUCAUCACAGUGAAGGGGGUCAGUCUGAGCAGCUACCUCGAGGGACUGAUGGCUCUAACCAUGUCAGCCAAUGCAAGAAAGGGAUGGGACGCCAUUGAAUGGAUCAUUCAAAACUCUGAAAGGGAAAAUGUCCCUUUGUGUGACUUGUGUUGAACAGAGCCCAUGAGUGAGCAGCGGCAGCAGCAAUCUCUCUUUGUGUUGAGGUUUGUACUCGAAGGGAGUCAAAUUAGUGCUCAUUUAUGCACUUAUGUCUUAUUUAAAACCUCUUCAAAUUGCACUAUUACAGACAAAACUGUAUAGAGUUUUGAAUGUUGCUACAAAAUAUGUAUGCACUGCACUGACUACCUCUUAUUUUAGAGUUCUUUUAAUGCCAUAACAGGAAUCCCAGGAUCGAUUGGAUGUUAAUUUGGAACUAAGCACAUUAAAGUUUAGAAUAUCUAGAAAUUGAAUUAUAUUUUUGGUGUGUUCUUAAUUUUUUUAAAGACAUGA